AUGUCUCCAGACAAGCCGUUCAUCAUGGCCGGCUCACUGAAGGACAACAUCAUCUUUGGCCAUCCAUUCGAGCCAGGGCUCUACAAUCAGGUGCUCGACGCCUGUGCGCUGCGCCAGGACAUUGCCAGCUGGCCCCACCGCGACCUCACGGAGAUUGGCGAGCGCGGAGUAAACCUGAGUGGCGGGCAGAGGGCGAGAGUGGGGCUGGCGCGGGCGGCAUACGCCAGCGACGCGGCUCUUGUGCUGCUGGACGACCCGCUGUCAGCUGUCGACCCACCUGUGGGGCGCCACCUGUUUGAGCGCUGCAUUCAAGGGGUGAUGCACGGGCGCCCACGGAUUCUUGUCACGCACCAGCUGCAGUACCUGCCAAGGUGGACUUCCAGGGGCUCCUGGGGGGAGACGAGGCAGAAGGAGAGGUAUUGGGAGCAGGAGAGAAGGCUAUUGGUGCUGUGGAGAGGGGAGAGGGCAGGGAACGGAGGGAGGAAGGAGGAGGAGGAGGAGGAGGAGGAGGAGGAGGAGGAGGAGGAGGAGGAGGAGGAGGAGGAGGAGGAGGAGGAGGAGGAGGAGGAGGAGGAGGAGGAGGAGGAGGAGGAGGAGGAGGAGGUGCAGGAGGAGGAGGAGCAGGAGCAGGGGAGAAGGAACGAGUGGGGGAAAAUGGGGCGAAGUUGCAGCAUCAGUGCUGGGAGUAAUGACAUGUCUGAAGACGACUGGAUGUCGUCAGUCACUGGUAGUGACGUCGUGACCACCUCAGCAGCAGCAGCAGCAGCAGCAGCAGCAGCAGCAAGUGACAACACCCUGCAUACAUCCACUGCCGCUCCCUCCGAUUGUGACGACCCAACCUUCCACGCGCUGCCCCUGCGGCCCACCCCACGCAGUAUGCCCCUGCGGCCCACCCCACGCAGUAUGCCCCUGCAGGACCGGCCGCUAGGCCACAGCAGAGGCAGCGGGGAAUUGCCUCUCAGUUGCAGCAUCAUGGGAAGCUUCGUGGACAGGGUAUCAGGGGAGACCAGGGGGGCGGAGCGUGGGGGCGAUGGGGAGAAGGUGGGUGGAGAGGCGGGGGCAGGAGGGGAUGGGAAGGGGGAAAGGGGCGGUGAGGAGGCAGAGGAGGAUGGAGCCGCACAAAGGUUGGUGCAGAAGGAGCGGAGGGAGGAGGGGAGGGUGAGUGCGGGCGUGUACUUGGAAUACGCCAGGAGGGUGGGCAUGUGGCAGUUCCUCGCCUGCUGGUCACAGGAGAAGCACCAGUCCAGCCCAUACCGCCGCAUCUACACCACACUUGUGCUCACCAGCGUCGCCGUCUCCUUCCUGCGUUCGUCCCUCGCCUUCCACUGCUGUGUGCGUGCUGCCUCGCGCGUGCACUCCGCCAUGCUGGCCGCUGUGCUCGCCUCGCCGCUCGCCUUCUUCCACGGCAACCCCAUGGGGCGCAUGCUCAACCGCUUCUCCGCCGACCAGGGCAUUCUCGACGACCUCCUGUCCUUCACCCUCUUCAACUACCUGCAGGUGCCGCUCAUGUGGCUUGUCAUGUCGACUGUGGGGACGGGUGCAGUGCUGUGUGGGUGGUGGGGGUUCCUUCUGAGUCGAACACUGAGUGUGGCAGUGGGCGCCGUAGUAAUGGUGACGGUGGGCAUGCCGUGCAUCCUCAUCCCCAUGGCGCUGCUCUGCCUGCUCUUCCUGCGCCUGCGCCACAUCUUCCGCUGCACCUCCCGCGAGGCCAAGCGAAUCGAGGCCGUCACGCGCAGCCCUGUGUACGCGCACUAUGCCGCCACCAUCCAGGUGGGUCUGCACGCAAGCACAAUACAGGGCCUGGCAACAAUAAGAGCGUUCGGCAUGCAGCAGCAGUCAAGCGCCGCCUUCCACCGGCUGCUGGACGGCAACGGGCGCGCCUUCUACUGCUGGCUGGUGGCCUCGCACUGGCUGGCGGUGCGCCUGGACGCCCUCGUGUCGCUCGUCAUGCUCCUCGUUGCCGCCCUCGCCAUGGCACUCAGAACGGCCUUGCCGCCCGGCCUGGUGGCGCUGGCGCUGACCUACGCGCUGCAGAUGUCGGGGUCGCUGCAGUGGGCCGUCAGGCAAGGCGCGGAGGUGGAGAACAUGUUUACAGGUGUCGAGCGAGCUCUGGAAUACACACACCUACCGCAGGAGGAGGGGCCUGAGGAGAGGCGGAGGGACGGAGAGGCAGGAGGUGGCAAAACGGGCAGGAAAGCAGGUAGCAAGAGGAAAUGGAAAGGGGGAUUCUGCAUGGUGGAGGAGGAGCAGAGGGAGGAGGGGGGCGAGCAGGGGAGAGGUGAAGAGCAGGCGGAGGGGCAGGUGCCGGCAGAUCGGCCAAGCAAGGGGGCAGUGAGGGUGGAGGAGCUGACGGUGCGGUAUAGACCCACGCUGGACCCUGUGUUGUGGGAUGUGAGCUUCCAGCUGCAUGGAGGGGAGAAGAAACGGUGUGGUGAGUCACGUAACACUGCAAUGGAGCGAGCUCUGUUGGACUACACUGGUGCCCAUGUCGCCCCCUCCUACCCUCUUCUUACAUCAAUAUUGUCCACCCCUUCCCCCCCUCGGCCUACCUCCACUUUGUCUCCACCAUCAGGUGCAGGCAAGUCGACGCUCAUGCUGGCGCUGCUGCGCCUGGUGCAGCUGUGUGGAGGGCGCAUCCUUAUAGACAGCCUCGACACCACCACCAUCCCUCUCACUACCCUGCGCAGAAACGUCACGGCAAUACCGCAGGAUCCCGUUCUCUUUGGCAGCUCUCUCCGAUUCUACCUCGACCCAUUCAAUCGCGUUGUGCUGAUGGACGAGGCGACGGCGAACGUCGACAGGGCGACAGACGCGGUCAUCCAGAGCACCAUGCACCGCCACUUCACCGCCAGCACCGUCAUCACCAUCGCGCACCGCCUGCACACCAUCGUCGACGCCGACAAGGUGGGAAUCACUGCCAUGGCGUUUGCAGAGAGAGGAGAGGUGCUGGUGCUGGAGCAGGGCCGCGUGGUGCAGUUUGGGGCGCCACAGCAGCUGGCGGAAGACCCCGAGGGCCCCUUCUCCCGCAUGCUCUCCCACACUGGCCCGUCUGCAGAGGCCUCUCUGCGCUCUGCCCUUGCGAGAAAUGGCUUCAUGCGAGAGGCUUCACUAAGAGAUGCCUCGUUACAAGAAGCUUCCCCCGGAGAAGCUUUGGAAAGCGAGGAAGGGACAAAAGGGGAGGCUGUGAGUAUUGAUCUGUUGCAUUUGCAGGUUGAUGGUUUCCAUGGUGGGGAGUUAGCUGCUGAUGGUAGUGCCAGUGAGGGUGGUUUGCCUGCUGCUGCCAGUAGUACUGAGGAAGGUAUUGCCCGGAUACACGGCCGCGUGUUACAAGAGAUGAUUCUUGAAAGCAAUACUCAAGAUACACUUCGAUUGUCUUAA